UGUCCCGCUCAUGCAGCCCCGCAUCUCACUGUGUCUCUCUCACACGCACGCACAUUCCCACACUCACCCUCACGCACCUCUAAGAUCCACUCACAGUCUCUUUCCUGUGCAUAGCAGUGGGACAGCGCAAAGUUGAAGGAACCAUGAGUUACUCCGGUGAGAUUUACACCAGCAGCUCCUACAGGAAGAUCUUCGGAGAUGCGCCACGCUCCGGACGCGUGGGUCUGGUUGCGGGCAGCAGCCCGUCCCGCCUUCAGUCUGCGGGAUUCCGCAGCAGCCACAACCGCACCUACGGCUCCCCGUCCUCGUUGUCCUCCACCAACUACCGCAGGACAGCGGCUCCCGGCCGCGUCUUCUCCUCCUCCAUGAUCCCGGACUCCUCCAUGGACCUGACCCAGUCCACUGCGGUCACCAACGAGCUCAAGAUCAUCCGCACUAACGAGAAGGAGCAGCUGCAGGGUCUCAACGACCGCUUCGUGUCCUUCAUCGAGAAGGUGCACAACUUGGAGCAGCAGAACAAAGUGCUGGAGGCGGAGGUGACGCUCCUGCGCCAGCGCCACAACGAGCCGUCACGUCUGCAUGAUCUGUACGAGCAGGAGAUCCGGGAGCUGCGGGCCCGCGUGGAAGAGCUGAGUCACGAGAAGAGCCAGAUGCACCUGGACUGUGUGCAGAUGAGCGACACCCUGGAGAGGGUGCGGGAGAAGCUGGAGGAGGAGAGCAGGAUGCGGGAGGAAGCUGAGACCGCGCUGAAGGUCUACCGCAAGGACGUGGACGACGCAACACUGGCCCGCCUGGAGCUGGAGAAGAAAGUGGAAUCGCUGCUGGACGAGAUCGCCUUUCUCAGGAAAGUUCAUGAGGAGGAGCUGCAGGAGCUGCAGACGUCUCUCCAGGCUUCGCAGGUCUCAGUGGAGAUGGACAUGAGCAAACCGGACCUGGCUGCUGCCCUGAAGGACAUCAGGGCACAGUAUGAGAACCUGUCAGCCAGGAACCAGGUCCAGACUGAGGAAUGGUACCGAUCUAAGUUUGCCACUGUGACUGAGGCGGCUGCUCGCAACCAGGACGCCAUCAAGCAUUCAAAGGAGGAGCUGAGCGAGUAUCGCAGGCAGGUACAGGCCCGCACCCUGGAGAUCGAGGCCCUUAGGGGCCACAACGAGGCACUGGAGAGGCAGAUUGCAGAGAUGGAGGACCGUCAUAACAAUGAAAUUGGAGAGUUGCAGGACACCAUUCAACAGCUCGAGGUUGCGUUGCACAGCACCAAAGGAGAAAUGUCCCGUCACCUGCGUGAAUACCAGGACCUUCUGAAUGUUAAGAUGGCACUGGACAUUGAGAUUGCUGCUUACAGGAAGUUACUGGAAGGCGAAGAAUGCCGCAUCAGUGCUGUAGGUGGAGCCAUGGUCCAGUCAGGAUAUCCAGGCUUCUCCUACAUGUCAGCUCGAAGCUACGGCCUUGGUGCAUUGAGGAAGUCCGGUGCCAAACCUGAGGUAGAGGAGGAGGAGCCAGAGGAGGAGGAAGAGGAUGAGAAGGAGGAGGAAGAAGGAGAGGAGGGAGAAGACGGAGAUGAUGAGGAUGGAGAAGAUGGAGAAGAGGGAGAGGAUCAGGAGGAAGGUGAAGAAGGAGAAGAGGAGGAAGAGGCCGAGGAGGAGGAGAAGAAGGUGAAGGGAGAGGAAAAAGAAAAGGAAAAGGAGAAAAAGAGCCCCACUGGCAGGAACAGCAAGAGCUAAAAUGCUUGUUUAGACAUCUUUAUCCUCAUCAUCAUCAGCACAUAAGUCCACAUAACACCCAUCACUUGUAAUGGAUGUCGUUACAGUUCAAAGUUACAAAUAUCCAACACACAACACAUUACCACCUCCUCAAUCCCAUACAGAAGUAAUUAGAACCCUGAUGACUGAACCACGACAUUGUCCCUUAACAUUAACGUUGAGCUGUGAAGAUCUACUACGUGACCUCUUUCAAUAUGUCAAUAUAUGUCCUCAGUAAAAUAGAUUCAAAUUAUUUUUCUCUUCCAUCAUACAGUGAUGAAUGCCAGACCAUUAGUCACCAUUUUACGUAUCCCAUUCUGACUGGAUCUGGGCCACUGACAUUAGGAUUUACAACUCAGUGUUGGACCAGGCAUGUAAUAGGUUAUACAUAGACCAACCAUUCAUCACAAAACACAGUAACAAAGUUACUGUUUAGCUCUGUGUAUGUGGUUCUCAACAUAAUUGGUUUGAGUAAAUACUUAACCCUAAAGUCUAUUUUUAAUUAUAUCUAAUUCAAACUCUUAAUCUAAAAUCUAAAAUUUAGCAUUAAAAACUAUAUCAUAACGUAACCCUAUCCAUGUUAACUGGGGGACCUGAUGAAAUGUCCUCACAACAUCACAACACAUGUCCCUAUGUGUUAGGUUGUAAACAUAAAUGUGUCCUCACAAACUAUCGAGCAAGACUUUGCCCUCUUGUGGUAAUGCCAGUUAAUGCGCUGUUAGACAAUUCUUUGCAGUCAGUGUCUAGGAGGACAACAAAUAUCUCCCUCCCUCUCCCUCUCUCCCUAUCUCUCUCUCUCUCUCUCUCACACACACACACACCUGUUUACUCAAUAGCAGAUGUCUCCAACACUUAUCCAAUGAAGCAGGUGUUCUGCAGUAGAGGGAGCUAAUACUGUAACGUUAUAUUAAAACUCUGGCAGAAAACCAUCGCACACCGUCUUCACACUCUGCCACAAUUUUCACCAUGUGUGUGGAAAGAUGUCUUGUAAGCCAGCAUGAGUUUCACCAGUGUUUCAAACUGAAUGUGAGCUUCAGCAGAUGUGCCAUUUUCAAUCAAUAAUCACUGCAAAAGCAAUCAAUACUUGGUUGAAAGUAACAAUUUUUGUCAGCACACACACUUUAUUAGACAAAUGCACAGAUUUUGGAGCAUGACCAAGGAUUGACCAAUUCCAACUUUUACGGUGCUAUUUAAUUUUUACAUACAAUAAAAGUUGGGGAGUACUGUAAAGUGGAGUUUUUUUCCCAAAAGAAUACAUGGUCGAUCAGCUUUUUUGUUCUGAACGUUCUAGCUUGUGUUAAAAAUGUGUGUUACUGUAUGCAGCAGGUGAGUGCUUUCUUCCACCGCUUUGCAUUUUCUUCCCCACAACCUGACACAACAUGUCAUCUCACCAUGACACAAUGAAAUGUACCACCGACCCUUCUGUCCUCUUAUUUCCGUCUUCUCAUUUCACCGCAGCCCUGCAAUGAAGGCAACUCAGAGCUCAGAAAAUUCUGUAAAUACUGUAGAAGUGUGCUGGGACGGUGGGUGCUUUUCUUUCAUUUGCUUGAAAAACAGGGGACGAGAAGGUGGAGAGGUGGUAAUAAAAUGUUUAGAGUUUAAAAUGCUGCUAUAUAUAUAUAUUUAUUUAUUUUGAAGUAUACAAAGCGAAGUAUACAACCCUCCCAUCCUUUGAUUGAUUCGUUUGUCAAGAAAUGUUUCUCCCGUCAUUUCUUUUUUCUCAAAAUACAAAUCCAGUGCUUUUUAUUUCUUACCCCUUCUUUCUUCAUCCUUACACAAACUUAUGUUCAGUUUAGCUGUAAAGUGAGCAGGACGGUGAUGGCUGUGAGUGUCAGGCAGCAGAAGGUGACACUGAGAGUCUUCAGCUCAGGCUGCAGGUGACAGGUGACAGGUGAUGCUGCCGGUGUCCUAGUGUUAAGGUACAGAGUCACAUUUAAGGGCUACUUUCACUGUAUCUCCAUGUACCACUUCCCCCUUCUGUACUGUCACGUUACACUUCAUCAUCUUUUGUUUGUUUUUGACAAAUGAAUCAACCAACAGGCAUGAAUGCAUGGCCUGACUCAUGGAGCUUGACUAUUUUUGGAUGAGGUAGAGUUUUUGCUUGCAGUGCAUUUAAAGAAUAAUAAUAAUAAUAAUAAUAAAAAAUAAUAAAACACUUGCCUUAACAUGACUGAAGUUAAAAUAAAAACACUUGUUCACCUGCAUCUCACUUGUUUCUGGGGAGGUUGAAGAGUGCAGACACUUUCCAGACUGCUGUACAACUGUGACUGUAUAUGUGCUGCUAAUUCAUGCAGUGAUCUUCCUCUCAAAGCCAAAUAAAAACAUUUAUUAACCAAAAA